UUUGACAGUAAACAAUGAAUGUCAAACGAAACGUCACGCUCACGUCAGUCAUCGGUUGCCAUUUGGGUGGAAUGUUAUUUUCGCUUUGUGUUCUAAAUUAAAUAACAAAAUGAAGAAUUUCCCUGUGUUCGUGUUUCCCGUUUCCCUAGAGUUUUAUCUGAGUGCUCGUCACACACACAAACAGUUAUUGACUGUUUACAAUCCAUACGAUUUCUCUGUAAAUUUUAAAGUGCUAUGUACUGCUCCGAAUAAGUUCACAGUGAUCGAUCCUGAAGGGUUGAUAGCUCCUCAAAGUUGCAUUGAUAUUGUUGUACGUUACACCCAACCAUCUGUUUUGCAUUGCAAUACGACAGAGAAGUUUAGAAUAACUAUGUACGACAGAAAUACCCAGCAGGCACUGGGCAAGAGGGACAUCCCGACAAAACUAUUAGAAGGUGAACCUAUAAACCCUAACCUGGAGAGCUUAGGAGACAGUUUCCACCCCCUAUCUUCCAGAGUGACCCCCCAGAAGCAGGCAGAAGAACAUAUGCAUGUCAAGUGCAAUCAUCCACAUCACAGAGAACAUCAGCCAGUAAAUGUAGUGGCAGUAGCAGUGAGCAUAUGCUGCAUUGCCGCACUCCUGCUUCCAACCCAGCCGGAAACAGUUGUUGAAUCACAGUUCCCGGAGUGGCUCCACAUUGGAUCCAACCUCAAAUUAGUGUUUUCUUUUGUCCUAGGGCUUGUCAGUAUGCUAGUACUACGACCAUAAGACCUAUAUUUUAGACCUAAAUUCUUUGUGUAUGCUUUAAUACUUGUAUUUUAUGGACGGUUUUGAAACCCUGCAUGUACAAACUUGAAUAUAACAGGGAUUGUUUUAUUUGUUAUAUGCACAUUUUACAUGCUUUCAAAGGAUAGGUAAUUUUAUAAAAAUAUUAAUUGUAAAUAAAUUUUCAUAGUUGUGUAACUAUGUUGAAUUCUGUUGUUCUAAAACCUAUAGCAUAAAUCGCCAGGUAUAUAUGAUCGCAGUGUGCUUUUAAGUGUAAAUUAAGCUAAAGAAUAAUGGAGUCUAUAUUAAGAGUGCUCCAAGAAAUUUAAGGUUCAACCUCAGAUAAAGUCCUAUUUACAAUUUGGUCUAAUCAACGUAAGUGCAUUGUGUAUAAUUAAUGUGGAACCCGGCGAUGUGUCGCGAUUGGACGUCGCGGCGACACAACUGGUUUCUAUGUAUUUCUAUGAAAUACCAUUCGAAGUCAGCGACGCGUCCCCGAGUAGCCGGGUCCACACAGAGGAGGAGGAGGAGGAGGCGCGCUCAGGCGAGGACAACGCGCGCGCCGCCUCGGCCGAGGCACGCUACACUGGUCGGUCCUGAGCGUGAGGAAAUUGCCUCGCGCGUAUUAUGCUCGCUCAGUGUGGACCCGCCUAGUGUGGACUCACUCGGACCCAACUGCAUAUGGCGCUACCGUUCUGCAGUCGGGGUCAAAAUUAUAACACAGCGAGUACAUCGACACGUCGCCAGGUUCCAAAGAAAUUAACGUACAUAUUGACUAUUUCAUUUGGCAAUACAGAAAUCAUUAGGGGCAUAAAUAAUAUCUAAAAAUGUAAUAAAUAUUAAUAUAUGUAAGAAAUAUUUUAAAACAAAAUAUGUAUUUAUAUACUGUGUAAAGUUGUCCCUAGAAUUCAGGUAUUAUUUGAUUGUGGUUUAUUUUAAUUUGUGCAGCUCAUGAUUUGUCAUUUAAAGGUAAUACCUUCUAGAUAUAUUUUUCUUGUAUUGGUGCAAUGCAGACAUUAUUUUGUUUUAAACUUGACAUAAUCUACUUUAAAUUGGUAUAAGGUGCUAAAUGUAUCAGAAUGAUGAUACUGUGUGAUAGUGUGAUAUUAUUUUUUUACCUUACUCUUAAUUGGUUAUUUUAAAUUUAUAAAAUUACAAAUUAGAAGAGUCACCCCCUACUAUAUUUCAUAUUGAGAGUAUUUUGCAUUUAAAUCCAAAAGCGAAGUACAGUCAGCAUCAAAAGUAAUGGAUGAAACAAGGUGUCAAAAGUAUCUACCAUUCUGUAACAGCUUAGCAAAAUUUGAUGGUUUUAUAUGUAGAACACUUACGACUGUAAAAGAUAUACUUUUGAAUGUGAAUUUUAGAGAUUUAGAUAGAUAGAUAGAAUACUCUUUAUUGGCACACCUCAGUAAAAAUAUACAAGAAAAUAAACCAUUGAUUAAAUUUAGAGGCAGACAACAGGCGGUCUUAUCGCUAAAAAGCGAUCUCUUCCAGACAACCUUUGGGUAGCGGAAAUAGAGAAGUUAAUCGAAAAAGUAGGUGUUGCUAAACCAUUAUGAAGCCUAGAUUCACACACACAAUAACAGUGAAUAAACAUACACAUAUAAGGAAUAUAAAUAGACAUACAUAUAAAUAUAUAUAAAAUUAACCGAAACAUAGCUAAAUAUAACAGCAGCAUGUCAGCCACUAUGUACUAUAUAAACACUAAGGGAGAGAUAAAUAAUGUUCUUUGAGUGAUUUUUUAAACACAGCAAGAGAUUGAGCGCAUCUAAUGCCAACGGGUAAGGAGUUCCAGAGUCGGACAGCUUGAAAAGUAAAUGAAGUGUUGUAAAAUUUUGUAGAAGAAGAUGGGACGGAGAGAAGCAGGCUGCGCGACAGCCUCACAGAAUUUAGGUAGUUAAAACGCUCCUUGAGAUAGCGGGGAGUUGCUGGAAGGAAAAUAAUAGAAUAUAGGAGAGACAGAAUAUGAAAGUUACGUUAGAUUUAUCUAUAUUUGGAAAAGUUAUCCGGAAUAUCAGAUACUUUUGGCGCUGACUGUAAAUACAUAUCUUUUAAAAGAUUUUUAUAAAAAAAAGCGUAGUAUUUGCUGCUCUUACUUACCCAUUUAAAUUCCAUUCCUAUUCUGUAAUUACUAUUAUAAAUAGUGUACAUACGUAAAUUAUUUUGUAUAUUGACAGCGUGUGUGUAAACCGUAUGAUUGCGCGGGGACCAUUGUUGUGGACGAGUAUUGAUACCAAAUAGUAUGGUGGGGACAUUGAAAUAAAGUACCUUAAGCAAAAUAGUUUUUUUAUUGUACAAUCAAUUUACUUACUAACAUACUUUUACAUCAUACAUAAUUAAAGACGACGUUGGUGAAAUCGUCAGUUUUAUAAACGCCUGUAACAUGUUAAUGCAACAAAGAACUGCUUUUAUAAAGCCCUUAAUUAAGAUGAUUCUCUUAAAUACAAAUCAUUAUAUCCUAAUUUAAGAUUAAUCUAACAGUUAUCUCAGUCAUAGACUAUAAUGAAUGUCUGUCUUUUGAAUCAAAUUGCUAAGUUUAAUUGAGGAGCUUAUAUUAAAAACCUGAUUUGUCACAAAAAAUUCUAAAUUACAUUAAUGUUACCAGUCUAUAGAAAAUUAAACAUAACAUCUAUAUAAAAUGUGUCGUCACUGCAUAAAUGUUAUUUUCCCAUGGUAGGUAUUUUGAUUUUGUAUAUCGGGAUCAUGGAUCAUAUGCAAAAAGAGUUUAGUCUAUAAGAAUUUCUCAUACAAGAAGUGAUUGGUCACUUCAGCCAAUCGCUAACAGUCUGUUGCCGCCAUUGUGCCUAUGGGGAAAACACUUUUUGUUUGGUUUAAUGUAAAGUUUUUCAAAGUACUCUUACGUCAAACUGAAAAAUAGAUUUGGUGUUACGAACAGAAUAUGAUUUCUCCUUAUAACGUUCGUGUAUAAAGGGUUUUGUUCAAAAUGUCCAAGCAAAACACGAUUUGUCCAUUUUUAAAUCGCAAAAGUUUAAGUUAAUUUGUAUGGGUAGUUAUUCCGAAUAAUUUUAAAAAGGUAUUAGUCUGCAAUAUUCUUUUCACCACACCAACUGGUAAAGGAUCUCUUGAUUGUUCAAAAACUAAUGAGGAAGUUGCACUUUAGCCACAUGUGGGACAAAGUAAUGAAAUGCAAAUUUUGAGUUGUUUCCUUAUGAUAGCUAGUAGAAUUUACUUUUAAAUGAUUUCGAAUGUUUUUUUUUAUUACGUUCAUUUGGAUUAAAUUUAUUUGGUAUUUCAUA